UUGAAGAUGACGCGCUGCCAAAACAUGUAUGUUUUCGAUGUUUGUAUAAGCUGGAACAAUCAAGUGACUUUAUAAAACAAUGCAUAAUGGCAGAAAGUGUGUUGACAAAAAAUUCUCAUCCACAUGAAGGAGAACCACUGACUAAGGCGCACACUCACAAGACACAGGACAGAAGUACUUCAUUUGGCUUUAAUGGAACAACAGAACAGUGUGACAGAAGGAUUCCAGAUCGGAGCAAAAGUAACCAACGCAACUGGAAAGAUGAAGGCACUCAUUACAAGAGGGCACCCUCUGCUACUACAUAUGGUGAGAGCUGUUCAUCAUCUCAGUUGCCUCGAGAGUUUCUGCACAGCAGCUAUUUUAAAAAUGAUACAUCAAAAAAUAUCCAGACACACAAACACAAAGAGUAUCUCAAUUUGGGAGAAAACAAACAAAAUUUUUUAAAGGAUGCUGCACAGAAGUCUUCCCCAUUACGAAAACAGAAGAUUGCAUCUCCAAUGAGUUUUAUCCAUCAAUUACCAUCAGGUAGCAUCAAGCAAGUGGAUAUUCAGACUGAUAAUGACAGUGAUGAAGAAAUAAAUCAGCAUAUAAAAAUACUUAACAGUUUGAGAAACAAAUGUCCCUUAUAGAGCUACUGUGAAAUUACUGGUAUAGAAAAUAACACUAAAACUAUUAUGUUGUCUAAGGCUUUCCUGGUGUAAAAGCACUCAGAAGUCACAGCUGAUGGUUUCUCUUCCAAGCUAAGCAAUACUUUGGAAAUCACAUGCUGCUUACCUUGACGCAAUAAUGUUGACUAUCUGUUUAUGUUUUGGUGAACUAAUGCCUGACUCCUGGAUAAAAUUGCUUUGUGUUGAAAUGCAAUGAAGAUGGGUCAUAAUGUGGGCUGAAAAACCCUAAUUUGAAAAGCAGUGGCUCUUGUGUUUAUCUUGCUCAUUGUCUUCCAUGGACAAUAUGAUUCAUAGCCUGACACAGAUCACAUGCCCUGCUGGAAUAAUAUUUUGUGCAUCUAUUUAAUUAAAUUAUCAGCUAUAAAUGCAAGGGCAGUUUUUUUAUAGCAGUAUUACAGAACAAUGAAGCACCAGAAAGGAUUGUGGUGGUGAUGUAAUGUAUCUUAUGUCCUGUAUGUACCUAGCACACAGUGGCUCCUGAUUUUUCCAGUUUUCUUACCUGUUGCUGUAUCAUGAAGAAUAAAUAAAAUUGCUAUACAUGGUGAGGGCAGUCACAAAAGUUAAUAGCUGGUGAACAAUAAAAGAGAGCUGGCCACGUUGAAAUCAUGUUGAUUAUAAAGGACAGUGUCACAAAUGGACUAGGUGGUCUAGGACUUUUUAAUUCGAGAAUUUGACAACCCACUCAAUGGCCAUUUUUCAUAUCUUUUUCAAUAAAGUACACUGUUAUCUAGGUAUGGCUGCUGAUAAUCGUUUCUCAUUACUUCCAUUGUUUCUUGUUUUCUUAUACACUACUCCAUGACAUACAGACGCUGUCCACAAGUUUCCCACCAAAAUAUUAGUGUCAAUGGCCAAAGAUGACAGAUGAGUACUACAUCAAAACACACUAUAAUUUGAGGGAGGGAGACCAUGUGAGGAAAACUUUCACAAACCCACACAAUGCCCAAUAGGUUCAGUAACCUUAAUAUAUCCACUGUAUUUGGUUAGAAUGUAUAUGAUGAAGUGUUUGUAUUGUUUCAACUACCAUAGGAUUGUAUAAA